AUGGACGUUGCAGGUCUUGCAAUCGGCAUCGUGGGCCUCUACACUGCAUGUCGGGACUGUUACGAUUUCUUCACCACAGUGAAUGCAGCUCAGGCCGAUUCCUCAGCUCACCUGCGCGAGCUGGAAAUUCAGCAAUCAAUCCUCAAAGCCUGGGGCUUCCAUUGGCAGAUCCAAAACGAAGACGGCAGCGACCCAGGAUACUCCGAUCAUACCAGACGGAAGCGGUCUAAACUCCAUCAAUACCUCUUGAGCAACCGAUUCAAGGCUGAAGGAGUGUUCAAAACCCUUUCUGCUCUUGCGGAUACCCUGUGCAACCGAGAGAAACUCAUCAAGCGCUAUGGCUUCCAGCUUCAAACAACUCAGGCCAUUCAGGAUGGAUCACAGCCGACGCAGGAUGGCCAAUUGACCAUCCCGGAUGCUGAAAUUGAGGAUGUCGAGCCAGUCCUCCUUGAAGUUCGAAACCGCCUCUCGAUGCUUAACAAGCUCAAAUGGGCUUUGAAAGACAAAGAAAAGUUCAAAAAACUCAUUGCGGACUUGAGAUCUCAUAGUGAGAACCUCUAUCGGCUCUGUCCCGAGAAUGCAUUCGAGUCUAUGAACAUAUAUCUUACGAUGGAGUGUUUGGCUAGGCAGGAGUCGCCAGACGGCCUCAAGUGGACUUCAACACUCGCAACCGAGAAUGCAAAUAUCGACAAAGAGUCUCUAGUGCGACAGGGAUACGAAUUGCUGGCUUCGACGGCCACCCUGAAGGCAUCGGUGAAUAAAAACAGAGACAACAAGGAAGCAAACGACAGGAGCCUCACCAGCAUUGACGAGAUAAAACCUGAGAUGAGAUAUUUAGGAAAGGGACUUGCACUAUUCGAAGAGCAAGUUGUUUACGUGGAAAUGAGGGACUACCGCGGACCGCCGCUAGACUUUACGCAAGAGCAGAAACAACGGUUGAAGAAUCGUCGAAAGCGGGAGCGCUUCUUGUCAUCAUUGCCAUCUUACAAAAGGCAUGAAAUAAGUCAAAUGGAUCAAUUUAGCAGCAGUGACGACGACGAACCGAUCGAGAGAGUCAGGCCAGCAGAUCCUAAGCUUCGUGCUCUCAUUAGGAAUUUCUUCGAUACCUUUCAAGGCGCCAACAUGAUGAAGAAUGUCUACGGUUUGGAUAUCGUCGGGAUGAUUGAUCACUCUGAAGGCGACGACAAAGGCCACUGCAGCAUUCUCUAUAGGCUCCCAGGCACGAUUGGCUUCCAGAGCCGUGAUAGGCCUGCGGAGAAUCUGAAGCUUCGCGCGCCUGUGACGCUACAGUCACUCCUAGGAACGAAGCGGGAAAAAGGCAUCCGUUCGAUGCUCGGCGCACGUUUCGAGCUAGCUAGAAAGCUUGUGCGUGCCGUUUGCCUCCUACACUCCAGUGGCUGGCUGCACAAGAACAUACGCGCAGAGUCAGUUAUGUUCUUUCCCGAGCAUGUAAAUACGCUCCAAGAGGAUCGAUACGAGGUCAAAAUUGAAAUCGAUGUCUCGAAGCCCAGCCUGAUGGGCUACAUCUUCUCACGGCCGGACGAUAUCACCAUCCGCAAAAAUCCGACAUCAGCGCCAGUGCCAGAAAUGGAAAGCCUCGUCGACCGCCGAAACAGUCUGAGGGUGUCAGGAAUUACAGAAACUUGGGAUAGUCCAUACGAAGAGUCAAAGUUAAGACGCCGAAAAUCAACUCCUUUCACUGCCAGCAUAUACGGUCGCGAUAAGCUAGGAAAGGUUGCCUCAGCUGAGGAAGCGAAAGAGACAAAUAUCAGUGGCUUCACACUUGACUAUUAUCAGCAUCCCGCGAAGCACGCAGACCCCAAGCGCUUAUAUCGCCACGCAUAUGAUGUGUACUCUCUUGGGAUUCUUCUUAUUGAAGUCGGCCUAUGGGAGAGCUUGAAGGACGAUGGCUUAGACUCGGGCUUGGACUCGGACUCAAAUAACGAAGAAGAUCAUUAUGAGCGAAGGCGAUUAAUAUGCCGAAAUUAUCUCGAUCGCUUGAGAUGGGAGUGUGGAGACACUUAUGCGGAUGUUGUGCUUCGUUGUCUUAUGAUUGAUAGCAGCGAUGACGAAGUAGCCAAGGCGAGCGAGAGGGAGCUUUGUGGUAGAAUUGUGGCUGACUUGGAGAACUGCCAGGCUUAG